AUGUCCGCCAAUAUUUCACAGGGCUGUCGCACGGUUCUGAUUACUGGCUGUACACCUGGUGGAAUUGGCUAUGCCUUGGUCAAAGAGUUCAAUGCCUGCGGGCUUCAAGUCAUUGCCACCGGGCGCCGACCCGAGGUUUUGAAGGCGCUUAUUGGUCUUGGCGUCUCUGCCGUUGCUCUUGACGUGACUAAUGCUGAGAGCAUCGCGGCCAGAGGUGUGAGCCACACGAUCCCGGCGACGGAUAUCGAUUUGGACGAGGUUCGCGCCACCUUCGAGACCAACGUGCUUAGUGUUAUGGCUAUGGUGCAGGCCUUCGUGCCCCUUCUCAUCGCUAGGCGUGGCCUCAUCAUCAACAUUAGCUCGCUAUCAUCUGUCUCGCCCUAUGUCUUCGGCACUGUCUACAGCUCCACGAAAGGCGCCAUCAAUUCCUACAGCCGCACCCUACGUCAAGAGCUGCGGCCCUUUGGUGUUCGCGUACUUGUUUCCAUGACGGGCACCGUCAGCACGUCCAAUCCCAAGGCCCAUCGUGAGCUGCCUAUUGGCUCACUAUACAUGCCUAUGAAGGAUCUCUUUACUGCUCGCCAGCAGUGGUCGCAGCACAACGCCACCAUGAACAACGCAACUUUUGCCAAACAACUAGUGUCUGAGGCGCUGCGCGGCGAGGGCUGGUUAGGUGGACUGCUCGGCGGUUCGCGCAAGUGGUUCUGGGCUGGUGGCUUGUCUACUCAGGUCUGGCUGGCUAGGUGGCUUUUCGGCGAGACAUUGCUAGACGAAAUGGCUUACAGGCGUUUUCACCUCCACGAACUCGAGGCGAAGAUCCGCAAAGACGCCGCACAGCGGAUCAAGUAG